GCGCGAUGCGGUAGCGCAACUUGCUAUGAGUCACGCCCUUCCCCUGUUUGAGCGUCCCCGCUUUACUGCUGUAACGAUUACGAAGGAAUACUAAGAUGCAGUCAUCGCAUGCUAUUCCACUCCCUCCUCCGCCUCAGCCGGUCGUGUGAUCCUGCCCAUGCUGUUCCUAGAUCUUGCGUCCUUCCCCAAUGUCGCUGACCUUGCCACUCAUCUGCGUGCACUUGAGACUAGUUGCCGCGCUGCUAGCACUGAGGCCCAACUCACUGCAUUCCCUCCUCCCCUCUACGAUACCCUUUAUCUCAUUACCGUACGCAUUCCUGACAGCCUUGCCCUGCCCGCGGCCACUCCUUAGUCAGCACCCAGGUGACCUCACCCUUCCUGCCUUUGUCACCACCCUGUCCGCGAUAGUGACCCGCCAGCGCACUAUUGCUCAGUCUAUUGGUACUGCGGCAGUCCCUAUCUUCCAGGGCUGUGCUCCCUCCCAGUGCACUUACUCUGACGACUCUGCCGCUAUUGCUGAGACGGCUCCUACUGCUGAGACCGCUGUGGCGGCCUCGGGGCAGGCUCGUCAGGUACCAGCUUCAGUCUGGCCCCCGCCGCGGCCCUGUCUCUGACCGUCACGGUCACACCGUCGCCCGCUGCUACCGCCGCCUGGACGACCUCUUCCGUCUCCGCUUCGACCCCGUGUCGGACUCCCCCGACUGGUACAGACUGGUGCGUCGCCGUGUGCUUGUCUUUGAGCUGGAUAUAGAUCGCAUUAGGUCUGCUAUUUAUGUCAUGCAUGCUGAAGACUCUAGUGUGAUUGGACUCUAUUACCCAUUGUUGCCUAGUGUAAGUGUGUCCACUUUGUGUAGCCUAGGUUAUUCUGCUGCGUCUGGCAUAGGACCACCUACCUUGUUUAGCCUCGGCUCCACUCUAACUCCUCCGCCUUCAGAUGCCAUCACCGCGCUCUCUUUCACGCAAGAGAUGGGUGUGCUUGCCUGCUUCGUUCGCGACCACAUUGCACUCACGCCGCUUGCUGCCCCUGCCGCUGUAGUGCUCUCUGACCCCUCCCCAGGUCCAAAAGUUGCACGUAGCUCCACUAUCCUUCCCUCUCCGGAGCUUCCCUCGGGCUCUCUUACAGGCUUGCACAUCCCCUCAAGGCCGACAUGCCUGACGUUCUUAUCUCAUGCGUUGUAGAUGCGUGAGUCCACCGCGACUUCCUUGAGCUGCGUCUUCACUCCGACCGUGUCGGCGAAUUUGCCUCCUGUCGGCUUGGCAAGUUCUGUCAUGCGGAGGGCAUCACCCAAUCGUACGCUCUGCCGGACUCCCCACAGCAGAAUGGUGUCUCUGAGCGACGCAUCGGUUUGGACAUGAAGGUGGCUCGUACCUCCAUGAUCCAUGCCAGUGCACCCCAUUUUCUGUUCGCUGUUCGCUACGGCACUCACCAGCUUAACCUCUGGUCACACUCCCAGCGGCCGCAGGUUUCGCCGACACUCCUCUGAACCGGUUCCCCUGGUGACGCGUCUGCGUUCCACUUUUGGGGUUGCCUUGCUCACAUUCGUGCCUCUGGCACGGACAAGCUCACUAUCCUCUGUGUCUUCCUUGGCUUCCCCCUAGGUGCGUCUGACUGGCACUUUUACCACCUGCCGUCUCACAAUUUUUUUCACUCUCGUGACGUCAGUUUUGACGAGUCUGUUUCCUCCUAUACCCGCUUUCCUCACCGAGGUCUCCCGGUUGCCCCGCCCCUGUUCCUCGUCCCCACUCCCCGUCCUGCCCCGUCUGGUGUGUCUCACGUUACUCCCCCGCCAUCGCUCGUCCCGGUGGAAGAGUCGGCUGACUCUGGUGGCCCUGCGGCUCCGGGUUUGUCGCCUGUCUCCGCCCCAAUUGCUCCUCCUCCACCACCGCAGCCGCAGUCGCCGUUGGCACUGCAGCAGCUAUCGUCGUCGCUGCCACAGCAGCAGCCGCCGCCACCGCCGCAGGGGUUCGAGAGCUAUGGGGGUGCGGGCAUUGAGGAGGGUGUUGGUUCUGGGAGUGCUGGUUCUGGGGGUGCUCGUCCUGGGGGUACUGCCGUGGCUUGUCCCGGCAGUCGUGGGGUUGGCACGGAUGCUGGAGAGGUUUCUCAUUUUGGGGGUGUUGGCGUGGAGCGUCCCGGAGGUAGCCGUGGUGCAACUAGAGGUUUUGGUGUCGACAUAGAGCAGUAGCAGCAGCAUUCGCCGCCGGUGUCCGCUCUUUGCCUCCUCGGUCUUCCUUUCCCCGACACCCUGCCUCCGCCUCCCUUGCCGCCGCCUCCUCCACCUGUUUGCGGCGCCGUGUUUCCUCCUCCGGACUUGUCCCCAGCAUUUCCCCCCUCGUUCUCCUGCUGUGUCUCCUCCCUUGACUCCUGACCCGACCCCCCCCUCCCGCUGGUGGUCUCACCGUGCCAAUCGUGCUCGUCUAGUCUCUCCGGUUCAGCGCUCUCACCCUAUGCUGCUCCGUUCUCACUCAUCUUGUGCUCCCGUUCUACCGUCGCCUCCUCAGUCGUUGCUUGUUGUCUCCCCUCCUCCUCUCUCUGACUUCCACCAUGCCUGCUUGUCCCUCGCGUUCUCACUUCUAUUGUUACCGACCCGUCCGUUCCUGUCUCUAGUCUUGACGCUCUUGUCGUUGCCGUCGCUGACUUUGCCUCUACCCACCGCCUUGACUACACCACCGCUUUGGUUUUUGACCCUGCCCAUCCUCUGUCCGUCGGGGGUGCACCUGUCCUUGGUAGUGGCGUUCUAGAGGACAGACAGUAUGAGCUUGCUUUCCUGUCCGAGGCCGCUCCCCAUUUCUGCUCCAUGCUGCUAGUCCCUGAGGGUGACACAGACGCCCUUGACAUCCCGACCCCUUGCACGUACGCUGAGGUGACCUUGGGACUCUGUGCCUCUCUGUGGAUAGCUGCCAUGGAUACGGUGUUGGCAUCUUGGAGAUCCACCGGCACCUACGUUGGCGUAGUUCCCCCACAUGGGAUGAACGUAGUCGAUGGCCGAUGGCUCUUCAAGAUGAAGCGCCCUCCUGGAGAGCCGUCGGUGUUCAAGGCGCGCUCCAUUGCUAGAGGCUGCUACACUAGCAGCACAGCGUGACUACGAGCUGCACUCCCUCGACUUCUCCACAUCGUUUCUCCAGGGAAGUCUGCACGAGUAGGUCUACGUGCGCCGUCCGCCCGGCUUCACCAGCACCUUCGCCCCUGGUACCGAGUGGCUCUUCCGGCGCCCGGUUUACGACCUGCGGCAGGUGCCCUAUGAGUGGCACGACACGCUGCGUGCUAUAUUAGCUAAUCUGUAGUUCUUCUCGUCGUCUGCAGACCGUUCGCUCUUUGUUCAUUCAGGCCAGACCGCGCUCUACAUCCUUGUCUACGUAGACGACCUGGUCUUCGCUACUAUAGACAGAGACGCACUGCCUCGGUAAAGGCUGAGCUACUAAGGAGACACACCUGCACUGACCUAGGAGAGCUGCGCCGUUACCUUGGCCUGCAGAUCUCCAGAGGGACACAUCAGCGCGCACCAUCACUCUCACACAGUCACACUUGGUGCGCCAGGUCCUUCAGAGGUUCGGUCUUCAGUUCUCCUCCGCACAGCCCACUCCUCUGCCAGCAGAUCAUAGGCUCUCAGCUCCACUCCUUGAGGAGUCUAUGGAGGUUGGACUAGUAGUGCCACCCUAAGUUGUGUGUCUCUUGCUAGUCGUUGCCCCUUGUCUAGCCUAGGGGAUGUGUCAACAUCUAUUUGUAUAUGUAAUAGGCUAGAUAGAUGCAUGCUCAUAGAGAGUACAUCUGCUUAGAACAAAACCACCCUGUAUCACUCAUUCUAGUUAAUU